AUGAAUUACCUAAAAAACUCUGUUCUCAUUAAAAUGAAAAUGACCUUUUUAAAUAGUAAUCAAAGUACAAGACAUGAUCAUUUGGGGCAUACUCCAAAGACAAAAUCAAAGCCAAUGGUAUUUAAGAAAACUGGAUCAGGGGCGGAUGGUGGUUGCGAAUUAGGAGGGGAGAGUUUGAAUAUCAGUAAAGAUACUUAA